UGUUUAUACACGUCGCACCACAACAACGCGUCAUGAGCCGCGACGCGGCAGCUGUAGUUCGGUGUGUUGGAUUUGGCGUUAGCUAGCUAAUUCCAGUCAAAAAUUCACUGUUCCUGACCAUUUACACAUGCGAGGCAAGUUAAAUCAAUAGUUUUUGAAUACGCCUGAAGAAAUGCGAGGAAUAAAAUUCAGAAACCUGAGGCAAACAAGCUAAUCAACGGUUUCACCGAGCGAUUUUAAGCUUGUCUCCUCGUAGGUGGCCUCAGCAGCAUCAUGGUGGACAUCGCUAUAAAGAGCGGAGCUGCUUGGGUCUGUCAUGCUCAGGGACAUAAUCUGGCUGAUGUCCUGCUUCCUGUCCACAUCAGUAAUGAAGAUGAUCAUGAAGAGGAGCUGGGUCAGUCAGAGGGAAACGAGACAAGCCGGUGCAGUCCAGUGCUGCUGGAGCAGACAGAGGAAGGGUCUCCCUGUGUCCUGACAGUCCGCUGCAGCCCCAGCUUCCCGGGUGACAUCAGCCGCCUGCUGGUCAUCAGCGAGGCUCGAACCAUGGAGCUGUAUAACCAGAUGGGAGAAUACUGUGGGACGGUACGGGGGGAGAGGGACGCCGGCAUUCAGCCAGACGGUGAAGACAGAGGGCCUUUUUACAGGAAACAGCUGAUCCUGGAACACCCAUCGUCUGCCUGUGAAGUGAAGCUGCUCUCCCUGGCUGGUAGAAGCAGUGUCUUGGUGUGUCGAGUCAUCGUGGGUCUUCAACCACUGCAGCCCUGCCCAGUCCGUGGCCCCGGCAUUGACAUGCAGCAGGUGCAGUGUCUGGUUGAAGAGAUGGGAACGAGCCUCUCACCGGGAGCCCAAAACCUCAUGGACAUGGUCCACUUCCAGCAAAAGAACCAGACCAGUUCUCUGGGCGGUUUCCUGCCUCUCCUGAUGGGUGGUAGAGCUCUCUCUGCCCUGGCUCGAGGAGCAAACAUCUCCCCAGCAGCCAUUAGCAACCAAACCCAGUCUGCAGAAUCCAUGCCUCCAGUGAGCUUCAUCAGCCCUGCAGACGAAGCUCCCCUGGCUCAGGAUGGAGCAAUGGCCAACGACUCUACCUCCUCCUCUUCAGACUGCCUACAGCCUGGUGUCAACACUAAGAACACAGUGAACAGUGACAGCAGGGGCCUGGUGAGCCAUGCCCAGCUGGCAGAGAUGAUGUCCCACUUGCUGAAAGGUCAAGGACAGGGACAGGCCUUAAGCUCCGGCCCUGAGCUUCUUCCCGUGCUCCAGAGCGUCUGCGGUCAGGUGACGCAGCUGAGGCUGGAUGAUGCUGCAGCAGUGGCAGAGAAAGAGAGGAAGUUGAGAAAUGGCACAUGGGAGUUGGACUCAGCCAUGGAGCGACGUCUGGAGGAGAUGGAAAGGAGGCUGAAGGAGCAUGUGGACCGUCGCUUGGACGCUCUGGAGCAGAAACUGGAGAAGGCCCUGCUGAGCGCCCUGCCGCUGGCCGUGCUUAACCAGGGAGAUAUGAGCAGUUCAGUAGGAGGACCAGCAUCCACUGGACCCAAGGAGCACACCGCCCCAACACCAGCCAUGCACUGAGUUCAGAAUCACUAAAGAAGUAACUAUACAUGUAACCUGGAGGCCUUACUGUCCAUGGUCCUCCUCAAACCAGACCUUGGUGUCAAAGGGGAGGCAGAGCAUGAUGCAGGCACUAACAGAGACACAGCAAAUGAUAACAGGCUGUAAUGAGGAAUAUGGACAAAAUUAACACAACAAUAACACAAUAAUCCGCUAAAAUGUAAAAUCGUGUCAAACCAGAAGUGUUCAGUCUUGGCGUCUGUAAUGGUUUCUGUUAAUCUUUUGUCGCUGUUUGACAGCUGAAGUGAAUGUCCAGGAUGUACAGUAGGUUUGUCUCAUCAGAUGUGAACAUGAUGUAAAAGUUUCAACUACGGAAAAGAGGAAGUUAUAAUCAAAGAAUUCCCACGUUCAGAUCACAAAAAACAUGUCCUGUGGCUGCACUGCAUUCAGGACAAGUUUGGCCACAUGAAAAGUACUAAGAAAAAGGGAAAAAGGCCAUUUAAAGAGAAUGAAGUCAAAUUAAGCAUGGCCUGCUGGAAACCUUCAGUUACAACCAAGAUGCAGAGAAACAGAAGAAAAGUCUUUAAAUUAUUGUACUGAUGUGAUCUUAUCCCGGUUAUUGUUGGCUGGUUUUAACAUAAUAAUGAUUUACAUGCAUCAACAGCACAACACUCACGAAAAUGUGCAUGUAAACACUCCAAUUUGUCCUCCCAGGUUUCAUGAUACAGCCUUCACCCAAAUGUCAGUUGCAUCCUGACAAACAGUUAUUCUCAUUCACCGUGUGUACUGUAACUGUGGUUAGUAAGGCCUGAAUUGUUCAGUCCAGUUUGGUUUGACACUUGUGGAAAAUCUUACAAUGAAUACACAUACUCCUGUUACAGGAGUAUGAAAUCCAUUUUAAUAUGGCACUGUAAUGUUUUAAAUAAUGUACAUGUCUGUAACAUAAGACUUAUCUCCCACUGUAAACUAUAAAAUGACUGUUUUGACCUGUGAUGUGGAUGGUUUUAAUAACUGUACUUACGUAAAUAGAA